AUGCAUAGGAACAACAAUGAUGUUAUUGCAAAUUUCAAGUUGUUACUUAUUGGAGAUAGUGGAGUUGGAAAAUCCAGCUUGUUAAUGCGCUACACUAAUGAUUGCUUUGAAAGCCAGUUGUCGGCAACUAUUGGUGUUGAUUUCAAAGUUAAACUUGUUACUGUCCCUGAUGGAACUAAAGUAAAACUCUCUAUUUGGGAUACAGCUGGUCAAGAACGAUUUCGUACUCUAACGCCUAAUGUUUAUCGUGGUUCACAUGCUGCUGUUUUUGUAUACGAUGUAUCGAAUCGUGAGAGUUUUGAACAUCUUGGCAGUUGGAUGGAAGAGUUGAAAACUUAUGCAGACAACCCAAAUAUGAUAAAACUCCUUGUUGGAAAUAAAAUCGAUAGCAUUCCUCGAGAAAUCCCGCGUGACGAAGGUCUUCGUUAUGCUCGCCUAUACAAUAUGCCUUAUGCUGAAACAAGUGCAAAAACUAAUGAAGGUGUUGCUCAACUGUUUAAUGAAGUUGUAACAAAAAUAUACAAUCAUUCAGAAUUAUGGAGUCAAGGGAAAAAACGUGCAAUCUCCUCGGCUACAAAUCGUGCUCAUUUAAAUCAAUCGUAUGAUAAACAACCCCAAAGUGGUUGUUGCUCUUAAUAAUAAUAAUAAUAAUAAUAGUAAUGUGUAUUGAAUGAUUGUAUGCAAUAUUCCCUUUAGAUAAAAUGCAAACUCCAUGACUCUGUUUUCACUCGAAUGCUGAAAUCUCAGAUUCCACAUUCCACAUACACAUACACACGUACACUUUAACUUUUUGUAUUAUUAUUAUUAUUUUGAACAGUUUGUUAUGUUACAGAAUUGCACCCAUUUUUACCCCAUUUACCCUAUUGGUAACAGAUGUUCAGGCUGUGAUCUAUAUAUUGAAAAUGCUGUGAUCUCUUAUUCCGUUUCCAAGUGAUUACCGUUGACUCUUUCACAGUUAAACAAAGAUAGGUAUCCAGAAUUACAAGACAAACUGUUUUUUACAUAUUUUUUUUCUUUCAUUGGAUCUAUUUUUAUGGAAAGUAGUGAAAAAGAAAGUGGUAACGCACCCACACCCAAACACACACUCACUCACGCCUGUUGACGUCAUCAACACCUUUCUUGCAUAUACACACACAUGACUCUAAUUCAUGUUUUUAUUUAGUUCAUAUUUAUUUUCCUUCACUUUUUUUGUCAAAUUUUCAAAAGUUUAUCGUUUGUUCUAUUUUAUUGAUUCACUUUUUCAUGUUUCAAAAAAGCUGUCAUCAUUAAA